CUGACACACAGACAGAGACACAGACAGAGACAGUGAGCUGCUGAGUGAACAGCAGCAGACACUUGACACACUUCCUUAAACGCCACCGUGAACACUUUGGAAGAACAACCUCCAGGUAACAAGCGAGUUUUUCAAAACCCAGAUUCGGCGGCGAACGCGGCGGAAGCGGAGGCGUAGGUGAGCGGUCACCAUGGCGCCCUUCCUGCGUAUCUCUCUCAAUGCUUACGACCUGGGCGUGCUGCCCUCUUCCCCCGACCCCCCCAUCUGUGCCAUCAAGAUGAAGGAGUCUGUCAACACAGAGCGAGGGAAGACCCUGGUCCAGAGGAAACCCACCAUGUAUCCAGAGUGGAAGGCCUGUUUUGAUGCUCAUAUCUAUGAGGGACGCGUGGUAGAAGUGGUCCUCAUGCAGAAGACUGAGGAGCCGCUGGCCAAGGCCACUGUGGGCGUGUCUGUACUGGCAGAGCGCUGUAAAAAGUCCAAAACGAAUGGACGCACAGAGUUCUGGGUGGACCUCAUGCCUUCAGGGAGGAUCCAGAUGGCUGUACAGUUCUUCCUGGAGGACAGCGAUGCAGCUCCUCCGACGAAGCCAUCAGUGACAAAGCCAUCAGUGAAGGCCAUCCCUGAGGAUGGGGUCAUGACCCUGAACAGGAGGAGAGGAGCGUUCAAGCAGCCCAAGGUUCACCUCAUCAAGAACCACGAGUUCACCGCCACCUUCUUCGGUCAGCCCACUUUCUGCUCCGUCUGCAAAGAUUUCCUCUGGGGCCUCAACAAGCAAGGUUACAAGUGCAGACAAUGCAACGCUGCAAUCCACAAGAAAUGCAUUGAGAAGAUCAUCGGCAGAUGCACCGGCACGGCAGCCAACAGCCGUGAGACCAUGUUCCAGAAGGAGCGCUUCAAAAUAGACAUGCCACAUCGCUUCAAGCACUACAACUACAAGAGCCCCACGUUCUGUGACCACUGUGGCAGCCUGCUGUGGGGUCUCUACAGACAAGGCCUGAAAUGUGAAGACUGUGGCAUGAACGUGCACAGCAACUGUCAGACCAAAGUGGCCAAUCUGUGCGGAAUCAACCAGAAGCUGUUGGCAGAGGCUCUGUCUCAAAUCUCUCAGAAUUCCACGAAGAAGCCUGACAAUGCAGCAGAUAUUGGGAUCUACCAAGAUGUCCACAAACCAACAGUGGACCCUAGUGGUGGCAACAACAACGCGACUGAGGGUUCGACUCCGACCCCUGUGGCUCCUGUAACCUCUAAGCUCCGCCUCAGCAUGAACCACCUCGUGUUCCACAAGGUGCUGGGAAAAGGCAGCUUCGGCAAGGUGCUGCUGGCAGAGCUGAAGGGUCAAGGCCAGUUCUUUGCGGUGAAGGUUCUGAAGAAGGACGUGGUCCUCAUGGACGACGACGUGGAGUGCACCAUGGUGGAGAAGAGGGUGCUGUCGCUCGCGUGGGAGAAUCCCUUCCUCACGCACCUCUACUCCACGUUCCAGUCGAAAGAGCAUCUUUUCUUCGUCAUGGAGUACCUGAAUGGAGGAGACUUGAUGUUCCACAUCCAGGACAAAGGGCGCUUUGAUCUCAACAGAGCCACAUUUUAUGGUGCCGAGAUUAUAGUGGGGCUGCAGUUCCUCCACUCCAAAGGAAUCAUCUACAGAGAUUUGAAGCUGGACAACGUGAUGCUGGACAAGGAUGGACACAUAAAGAUAGCAGACUUCGGCAUGUGUAAGGAGAAGGUGUUUGGAGACGCCCGAGCGACGACGUUCUGUGGAACGCCCGACUAUAUCGCACCAGAGAUCCUGCUGGGACAGAAGUACACCUUCUCAGUGGACUGGUGGUCGUUUGGCGUGCUCGUGUACGAGAUGCUGAUCGGCCAGUCGCCGUUCCAAGGCGACGACGAGGACGAGCUGUUCGAGUCCAUCAGGACGGACACUCCUCACUAUCCUCGCUGGAUCACGAAGGAGGCUAAAAGUUUACUGGAACUGCUGUUCGAGCGAGACCCGACGCGCAGGUUGGGCGUCGUGGGUGACAUUCGAGCUCAUCCCUUCUUCAAAACCAUCAACUGGCAAUCACUGGAGAAGAGAGAAGUGACUCCGCCUUUCAAGCCCAAAGUGAAAUCGGCCGGCGACUUCAGCAACUUCGACCGCGAGUUCCUGAGCGAGAAGCCCCGCCUCUCGCACGCCGACAAGAACCUCAUCGACUCCAUGGACCAGGCGGCGUUCGCCGGCUUCUCCUUCGUCAACCCCAAACUCGAAGGCCUGAUCAGCAAAUGAACAAAACACAAAUAAAAAUGGUUUCUCUCCCCCAAGGACACGCGGUCUUUGCCCCGGCUCGUCAAACGAAACCUUCCUGUGUCCUGCUGUCGGAUAGAGGAAGAAGAAGAAGGUGAAAAGAUCUGUGAUUCAUGCUGGUCCGUCUCUUUAAGGACGAGAUUUUGAAUUAUAAUAAUAUUAAUGAUGUUUUACUGGUGUUUAAAAGAAUUAAUAAUUAAUAAAUAAAAAAAGAGUAUAAAAAGCUACAGGAAAAUUAAGGGAGAUUUAAAAAAAAAAAGGAAAUUAAAGUGUUUUUAAUAAUGGACACUGGGGCGGGGUUCAUCAAUUAAACCUUCACUUUUUUCUUUUAUUUUUUGUAUUUUUUUUUACUUUUUAACCGUCAUUUUCUUUGUGAUCGUCACGUUUGGAAUUAGCUCUGAAAUUUGAAUGCACAGGCAAAUGCUGGAGACUUUUAUUUUGUUAAGACAAACAAAUGCACACACGUGUGGGGAAAUCAUUUGUUUGUGUGUGUGUGUGUGUGUGUGUGUGUGUUUGUGCGUGAGUGUGUGUGUGUAGGUAUUUUCUUAAAUGCAAAAGAAGCUGCUGCUGCUGCGCUCGGUAACACUCUCUGCUGUACAAUGAAAAAUAAAGAGGGUUUAAAUUAAAUGAGGGACAACGCGAUGCCACUUUUAGUCGUGUCCUGAUACCGAUAUAAAGCCCAUUUCAGUACGAUAUUGGUCAUUUUAAACCAACACAUUUGUGCUGAGUCAUUUUAAAUCUCAAAGACAUACAUUUCCAGCUGUGUCACAAAGAAAUAUGUGGAAUAUUUUCUUUAUUUUUUAUCUGUCCGAUAUCAGAUACUGUGAUUGUGACCAGUAUCAGACCAAUACUGAUAACCGAUAAAAGUAUCGUAUUUAUCGCCUCAUCCCUAAUUUAAAUUCCACUUAAUUUAAGUGGACAUGGGUAAAAAAAAAUGUGUUAACAGCGACCUCUAGUGUUUAAAACCGCAAUCUCCAUUACAUUGUACAGGAGGUGGGGGGGAAAAAUCAAUACAGUGAACUAAAGCAAUUUUUUUUUUAUUGGUGUUACAAAUAAACAUGAAAUGUUUUUGGUGGAUUAGCAUAAAAAAAAAAUCAGUUGGCGUUUUAGUCCACUAGAUGGUGCCAAGUGCCCGCUCUCUCCCCAGAGCUCUUAUGUGAGGAUAUCGUAAGAUUGCGAUUAUGCAAGAAAUACUCAUUCCCUUUGUAGUCAUAAUUUGUGAAUAUCCGAGGUCAGGGGGCGGAGUUCCCAAUUCAGAUUUCUAGUUUGGAAACUUGACCAUUAAAAGCACAUCUGAUGUUUAGGUUUUUGUUUUUUUUAAGGUAGAAAUGUUGCUAAACUGUUUGUGUGUGUUGUUAUCGCCUGGUAACGCUAACAGUGGCUAGCCCCAAGAUACGUAAAAGUUCACGUUUUUUUCCCGACAUCUCAGCUCGAACGCAGGGUGAAGUUUUUAAUGUGAGACCAAACUCUACCGUUGUUAUUAAAUCAAACUAGUAUUUCA